AUGCAACUUGAACUCCCUCCGAUGUUUGCCUCCUCGCUGCCUCACCCUGCAAUGACAAACAAACCGGAACUGCUCAGUCCUGCUCUGCGUCGGAGGUUGAUCGUCCUGUCGCCUCUGUACCCUCCGGCACCGCCGGAACCACUAGACCCACCGGAUCCGACGAACCGGUUUCGACAGCACAAAGAUUCUAUAUAUCUGCUUUUGUGCUACCGCCGACACUGGAUCAUCACCGCCCACUCUCCCAAUCUUCCCUGUCGGGUUCAUCUCUGGCUCGGCAAAGAACAAGAUUUCCACCGACGAGAUCUCUUCUCGUCACCGUCUCAAAGGAGCCCCCCACCCUUGCCGUUCAAUCUUAUUGUUCCGGAAUGGGAAACCGGACUUCUCAGCCACCAUCAUCACUCCGUGCGGCACUGUCAAAAAAAUCCACCUCUGGGGCCGACUCUUCUCCACCUCGCUUCGAUCCCGGGCUCGAGACUAUGUGUCACAGUUUCAUACUCGAAGGCAGAAGAGCCCAUGUUCUUCUCCCUCGUCGCGAGAUAUGGGCGUUCCCAAUCCUUUUCUCGCUGGCAAAUAUCCCCGUUCCAGCAAAAAUGUAGACGAGGCGCUGAAAACCUGUAUCCCGUCACCCUUCUCGGCGGUGGUUUGCCCCGAACACUCGCCGUCGGCCUUCCUCCGAUAUGCCUAGCCCCAUCUCUUCAACAACAAUCAGGUUAG